UCGUUCUGCAGGUAGAUUCUGUGUUCGAACUAGCGAUUCAAGAUGACUGGUCGUGGUAAGGGAGGAAAGGGAUUGGGAAAAGGAGGAGCGAAGCGUCACAGGAAAGUUCUUCGCGAUAACAUCCAGGGUAUCACGAAGCCUGCCAUCCGUCGUCUGGCUCGUCGUGGUGGUGUGAAGCGUAUCUCCGGCUUGAUUUACGAAGAAACUCGCGGUGUGCUGAAGGUGUUCCUCGAGAACGUCAUCCGCGAUGCUGUCACCUACACCGAGCACGCAAAACGGAAGACCGUCACCGCCAUGGACGUCGUAUACGCCCUGAAACGCCAAGGCAGAACCCUGUACGGCUUUGGUGGAUAAACGAAGAACCGUGCAGCCUUCCAACAAAACAAUCGGCCCUUUUCAGGGCCACAAAUUAAUCAAACGUUUGGUCAACUCUCACUCGCUGCAUUCUCAUACAAUAUUAACAGCAAACAUGUAGAGCAUAUUUACUACGAAGCUCGAACGAAUAGAUGAGGAAAAUAUGCAAUUUAAAAUUGCUUAUUAAUCUAUUUUAAACGUACCGUGUAUACGAAUACAUGAUGGAUAAGCUGAACACAUUGAUUAAACAUUAAAAUAUAUACAAUCUAACCAAGAAAUGAUACUGAAUUUCUUCUCGAGAAUAAGAAUUUAAAUUUCGUUGAAAGUAUCACUAAUCGAAUAUGUCAGCGACUCCUACAUUCAUUAUCAGAUUUUAAUAUUCAGAAAAGUAAAUCGUUUGUACUCGAUACAAAUAUUUCGAAAUAAUUUACAUCAUGAAAAUCUGGAUAGCUUUUUCAGGGGUCAUAAAAUUAUUAAAGUAUGAGGCGUAACAAGCAAAAGUUCCAGAUAUUAAUUU